AUGGAAAGCGUGAUAUUUGAGGACGAUAAGUUUAAGAAAGUUGAUGACACAAUCCCAAUGAAGAAAGGCAGUUUAGUGGCAAUAAUCGUAGAUAAUAAUCCUAAGGAGAUGGAAGGGACUUUUAAAGGGACACGAGUUGUUAAUGUGGGCCCUAAGUUGGUGGAAGAAGUGGGUGGGACCGUAGAUAAAUGGAGUAGUCAGCCUAUCUCAACUAGGGAUAAGGAGGCUCAGUGGGCUGAUGAAGACUUUAUGGAUAUCACCAUUUUUUCAUUAGCCCAAACCAGAUGUCUACCUAAAUUGGGGGAGAUAGGCGUUGAUGAAGGAAAUGUUCUCAAUCAAAAUCCGACGGUUAUGAAGAAAUGGAGAAGAAAGGAGAAGGGUUUUGCAUCAUCUGGCCAAACAAAAUCUCAAGAGAAUCCCAAUGGCAAACGGAAGUAUGGAGAAGGAAAUGAAGAUCUUCAAGAUUGGAUGUAA